UUAAAAUAUAAAAUAUAAAGAUUAUUAUUACGAAAAACAACAUCAGUUUCAAGAAUUUUCUUAAAAUAAUCGCUGAAAAUAUUCGAAAAUUCGAGAAAUAUACAGAUACAGAUCCUUUCAGAUCAGCUGAUCAGCUGAUCGCGAAGCCGACCGUAAUACAGUGCUGGUUUAAUUUAAUCUAGCGGUGAUUCAGUCUCAAAAAUGUACAAAAUCAUAUCUAAGAUAUUUGUGCGAGAGAGCGUGAAUGCGUUGGAACCUUUGAAACGCACCCCGAUACAACGGAGCUUCGUGAAAGCGGUAAAGAGAGCGGAAGAGCCUGGCAAAAUGGCUAACCUGAAAAAGUAUUGGUUUGACAAAUACAUGAAUUACAUCAAGAACUAUGAGCGCACGCUUGAACAGAAAUUUCCGCGCACGAUCCAGAUGUACCGCGUAUUCAGCGUCGGCAGCAAAGACGUGUACACGGAUGUGAAAAGGUUUGUCUUCGCGAUAAAGAAACAAGGGUCGAACGGCAUAGAUAGCUUAACGCGGGAGGAGCUGCAGUUGAUGUACACGAUGCCAAAAGACCUGCGAAAACUGUUGCCGUUGUUUUUGCUGACGGCUAUUCCGUUUACGAAUUACAUUAUUUUUCCCCUAGCCAUUUACUUUCCGCGCUAUCUAUUGACAUCACACUAUUGGACGCUGCAGCAGAAGUUAGACUUCAUGCUAUCUGAUCACAAGAACCGACUCAGGCACAAUAGGCCAUUAUUCAGAUGCAUGCAGGCAGAACUCAAGACCAUCAAAGAUCAAACACUCAGGAUAAAGUGGCGAGAUGUUAUAGCUUGUCUGGGAAGCGGUACACAUCCAACCACCAAGGAUAUUAUAGCCUGUUCUGAACUCUUCUCAGGUCCACCGUAUUCCCUCAAUUCUCUAAAGAGGAGACAUCUGAAAGAAUUAUUAGCAAUACAUGGUAUGUCUGUGUGGAAGCCUUUCAAGAGAAAAAGAUUGAUGGAAAGGGGUAUGUUAAUAUUGCGAAUGGAUCGUGCUAUUGUAAGAGAAGAAGGAGUAAAAGCAAUGUCUAAUGAAGCAAUGCGAUGGGCUCUAUCCUUUAGAGGCGUAAACCCUGCAAAUAUGUCUAUAGAAAAUAUGAGAAGUUGGCUUGAUCAAUGGUUAACAGUAUCAGCAUGUAUUGAUAAAAAUAAUUUAUCUUUGUUAUUACAUAGUCCAAUUUUAUUAGCUUAUAACCAUACAACAAAUUGGAUCCUUAUAUAUAAUUAAAAAAAUAAAAAAAGAUUUCUUCGUUUUUACGAAAUUUUGGACUAUUUAUUUUAAUAAUAUUAAUUUUCACAAAAAUUUGCUUUGAAAUUUCUAGUUAAUUCAGCAAUCAUUUUUUCUUUAAAAAAUAUUUUUCAUGUAUUAUUAAAUUAUUAAAAAGAUAAUAUGUUGUCCUUUUUCUUAUGAAUACGCAGAUAAAUAUAAUUUUUUGUGUUAUUUUGUAAGUAAUAU